AAAGACGUUUCAAUUUCUUUAUUGUGUCACAGUAAUUAAGAUUCCUGCAUCCCAGCGACAGAGUAUACGGAUAAUUUAGAAGAUGUAUUUAAUAUUUUUUUUUGGGUUUCCGUCCGGACCUGACCUGCGUCGCGAACCUGAAAAUGAUGAAGUGGAGUAGGGAAGAUGUGGUCAGUGCAGAGAAUGGUGGGAACCUUGGCCUUGGGAUGGGCUCUUCUCUUUGUUUUGCUACUCUAGACAUGUCUCUCCUCCUGUCUCCUGUGUCAUUGCUUCUGCCCUUCUCCAUUUAAUCAAUGGUUGACACCAUUGCUGCUGGGACUUUGUUUUACUACAUGUAUUUGAGUUUACAUACAUUCGGUUGUAUUCUUUGAGAGAUUUUUGAGGGUAGCCUUUCCCAUUUAGAGAGGAUCAGAUUGUUUUGUAUGGGAUUUGUUUGGGGCGGCUUUUCCUCAUUGUCUCAUGAUUUCAUUUUUCAGUAUCAUUACUAGCUUCACAUUCCACUGAUUAUUAUUUUU